GCUAAAUGUCGUUUAGUGAUGUCCACAUCUGGAAGAGAAUGGGGCGGGCUGAUCCGUGCCUGAACUCGAAGAUGACUAUGGUGUGUAUUUGUGUGUGUGUGUGUGUGUGUGUGUGUAAUCUGCAACAGAUGACUUCUUGGGGGAUGAGAGGGUCUGACGGAGGCAAACGUUUCCUCGGCUGGAGCCACAUCAGCUCGCAACGGUUGUGCAUGGAUAUAUCAAUACAGAUCAAAUUCACUAUGCAUUCGUCUUAUAGGUAAUCUUAGUGAUGCCUGUACCCGGGCGGCAAUGCAUCUGUAAAGCUUCAAUAGGCCUAGCUGGCGAUGAAGACCUUGGCGAACCUGGACUGAAACAAAGGAAUGUAUUGAGUAGUUUGUUAUUUGAUCAUCACUGGAAUGGCAUAUUUGCUCUAUAACUUUUUUUUGUUCAGCAGUGGAGCGCUUUUAUUCUUCGCGUCUAGUUGGGCCAUUUGCCCCGAGCGAUGCGAGUGCCAGCACGCACAGCAUAUCCUCUGCGCAAACCGUGGUCUGCGCGCGGUGCCCAAAGCGCCGCAGGUGGAGCGCGCAGAGGAUGUGCGGGUUUUCGGUAUUGCGGGAAACUUCAUUCAAAACCUUAGCGCGUUCGACUUCAUGCGCUAUGGGAACCUAAUCAGGCUAAAUCUUCAGUUUAACCAAAUAAGGAAUAUACAUCCUAAAGCAUUCGAGAAACUCUCCAUGCUGGAGGAGCUGUAUCUGGGCAACAACUUAAUCUCGACAAUACAACCUGGGACUCUAAAGUCGUUGAAAAAACUCACAAUAUUAUAUAGCAAUAACAACGAAAUCAAAGACUUUAUUUCCGAACCUUUUAGUCAUUUAAACAGUUUAGUCAAACUGAGACUUGAUGGAAAUUUAAUUGAGAUUUUAAAAGAAUCCGUCUUCAAAGGACUGACAAAUUUAAUGUUUCUGCACUUAGAAUCGAACCAGCUUCGCCACAUUGAUCGCAAUGCGUUCGCGCGGCUCAGCAAACUGCAGUUUUUAAACCUAUCAGAUAAUAAACAAACAGAACUGCGCGAUGUUUUCACGUUUUCCCAUCUUAAUUCACUAACAACUCUUCUAAUCGCAGGCAACCAAAUAAGGCACAUUGGAAAUCACGUCUUUCAGAACCUGAAAAAGUUAACAAAAAUCUCUCUGAGUCACAACAAGAUAUCAAAGCUGGACAAUGAAGCGCUGAAGGGGCUCGCGCGAGUUAAAGAGCUCAAGAUUGACAGGAACGAGCUGACAGAGAUCCCGGCUGGUCUACUCGACCCGCUCGAGCGCAUCGAACACCUCGACUUCAGUGACAAUCACAUAUCUCGCGUGGACCCCGGUGCUUUCGGCCACCUUUCACUUCUAAAAAUCUUAAAAUUGAAAAACAACCGUCUUAUGAAUCUCUCCGGUGGAAUUUUCGCCACGAACGGCGUUUUGUUUCACGUAGAACUGAAUGGGAAUAACUGGACUUGCGACUGUCGGAUGGAGAAGCUUAAAAGCUGGAUAACGCAUGCGCAUUCUCAGGGAAAGCUGUUGACCGUGUUUGUGCGCUGCCUUCACCCCCCAGUGGUGGCGGGAAAAUACUUGGACUAUGUCAGCAACUCCCAAUUGGGAAAUAUGAGUGGUCAAUGCGAGUCAGAACCUCAGCCAAUGGAGAACCGAGGAGCAGUAGUGGAGUCACCGGCUCUCCAGGAGGAAAGAGAGAAGCAAGGAGGUGAAAAACAUGGAGAUGUAGGUGUCCAAGGGGAUGAGAGGGAGCAAGGGUUUGGGACAACACUAGAAAGAAAGAAGGAGAGGAAACUGGUCAGCUCAAGGCCAAGACCCACAGCUGUGAAAACAGGGAAUGGCUCCUUAUCUGAUUUUCCAACGACGAUGGCCACGUUCUUGACAGGCCACAACCACAGCACCUUUGCUUGGGCCCCACAGGAGCAGUUUAACCUGCCCUUACAAGACAGAGCCAAGCAUCAUGACUCAACAAUUGAAGUGAUCACUGAUGCAUGUCAAUUCAACCGUCACUCCAUCCUGAACGUUAGUGUGGAAGAUGUCACUUCCAGUACAGCCACUGUCCGCUGGAGCACCACUCUCGACGCUGGACUAGUUCUUGGGAAAGAACUUCUCUUUCGGGUUUUAUUUGACCGUUUCGGGCAUGCUUUUCGCUUCCCACGCUAUGUUUACACAGAUGGAUCCGACCGGGCGGUGACCCUCCAAGAGCUCCGCCCAGACUCCACCUACAUUACCUGUGUGGAGAGCGUUGUGGGUGGAGCUUUGUGUCAGGUUGCCCCCAGAGAUCACUGCACUGGAUUUGUCACACCUUUGCCCUCGGUGACAAGUGAAGUCAACCUACAGCUUGUCACAGUAGCAGCCCUGGUGGCCAAUGCACUGCUUCUCCUUCUGGUGGGCGGAGUCUGGCUGGGGCGUGUGUUGAAGAGGCGGAUCAGAAGCAGGAAGUCAUCCACUCAUGCACAUGUACGCCACAUGUACUCAACCAGACAUCCAUUUCGCUCUACUGUGGCCACUACCUGUGUCUCUUCUGAAUUCAGCGGUUACCAGAGUGGCAGACAACUGGCUGAAGAAGGUGACCUCAUCCAGUUCCCUGGUGACCAUUUCUUUGACAACAGCCAUGCUCGGAGAAAGGAUGAUGCCAUAAUGCUUAGAUACUCAGACUGAGUAUUGUGUGUGUGAAAAUAAAAGACAAUUUUGGCAAAACAAUUUUGGCCACAAAUGAGUAACCACUGAAACUGCAAUUCUUUUUCUUUUCUGGUUCUUCUUUUCUUUUGAUUGAUUGUCUAAGCCUCAGCUGCUGGUUGGCAGAAUUGCUUGAUAUUUGAAUGAUCGUCUUUCUGUCUUUGUAGAUAAUAUAUUACUUAUUUACCCGGUGUAGAUAUACUGCAGUAUUCCAGGCAUGUAUAUCAAUCCUUAAGGUACAAUACAGGAAAAGUCUUUUGAUACAUUUAAUAUGUUUCACUUUCAUUAUUGUUUUUUUUCUUUAGUUUUUUUUUAAAUAAAUAUGUUGCCUAGUCUGUAUUAGUAAUUGUGUAAUGGUUUCCAUGUUUUUUUUCUUUAUAAUUAAUUUAAUUCCGACAUUCAAAAUUCUACAAUAGACCUUAGUCAGGUUUAGACGCCAUAUUGAACUGAAUGAGAUGAAGACAAGGCUGUGAGGGAGAGAGUCCCCCCCCCCAGAAAGACAUUUGCUAUGUUGAUAAACAGUGCUGGGUAGUAACUGAGUACUUGUAAUAUGGAUUACGCAAUCAGAUUCCAAAAUUUUAAAGUACUUUUAAUUAGACGUUUAAUAUAAUUUUUUUUAAAUGCUCAUAAUCAGAUUACAGUUACUUUUUUAUAGAUUACAUGACUACAUAUUAUUCUCACAAUGGCAGUAAAUUAUUUAUAAUUUAUUGAUUCACCCCAGUUUAUUUUAUUUUAUUGAUCCUUUUUAAAUGAACCUACCAUUGGAUACAUGAGACUAAUCAUUAUACAAGUUACUAAACACUGCUGAUGCAUAGCUGUGAAAUACUUUGUCUUCAUCCAAUGACCUUCACAAAUUUUUAAUACUGGAAGUCUGGAAAAAAUAUUUUUCCUAACCCUAACCCUAAAUCUGAAAGACUUUGGCCAUGUAAUAUAAUAUUUUCAUGUUUAUUAAUGUUUGGUCAUGUAAUGUAGAGAUUUCCAAGGUUUUGAUAUU